GGAAGCAGAAAAAUUCUCCACAGAUGCACUACAAGCCUUUGGCAGUAGACGAGUCUAAGCAGAGGGAAUGAGUGUCGCUAUACUGGGACCCACUUUUCAAGAUCUGGCCACAAACGUAAACCGAAAUAUCAGCAGUCUUUCUUUGAUAUUUGUGGGCCGUGCGUCUGGAUUUCUGUGUGGUAGUAUGAUUGGUGGAGUUCUUUUUGACUGUAUAAAUCGGUUUUUACUUUUAGGAGUGUCAAUGGUGGCCACCACAGUUGGUCUUUAUCUCAUCCCGUUCUGCAAGACAGCAGUCUUACUGAUUGUCACCAUGUCUGUCUUCGGGGCUUCGGUUGGCAUUGUGGAUACAGGUGCAAAUGUCCUCAUCUUGGCUCUUUGGGGGGACAAAGGAGGUCCCCAUAUGCAGGCCUUGCACUUCAGUUUUGCCUUGGGUGCUGUUGUAGCUCCUUUGGUGGCUAAACUGGCAUGGGGCACAGCAGCCCCUGCUGAAAACCACACGGAGCCUGACUUUCAUCCUCUAAUGCUGAACGGAUCCUCUGAAGCCACCUCAGACCCUCUGUUUGCAGUGCCUGAUGACAUGAAUUUGCUGUGGGCUUAUGCUUCCAUCGGCACUUAUAUUUUAAUAGUUUCUGUCUUUCUCUUGGCUCUGUUUUGCAAGAAACACUCAAGGCAGCAAAAAUCCACAGCAUCAGCCCAGCGAUCUCGAAGAGCUAAAUACCACAAGGCCCUGCUCUGCCUCCUCUUCCUGUUCUUCUUUUUCUACGUUGGCGCUGAGGUGACAUACGGCUCUUACGUAUUCUCAUUUGCAACCACCCAUGUUGGCAUGGAGGAAAGUGAAGCAGCCGGGUUGAACUCCAUCUUCUGGGGGACCUUUGCAGGCUGCAGGGGCCUGGCCAUCUUCUUUGCAGCGUGUCUACAGCCUGGAACCAUGAUUGUGUUGAGCAACGUUGGCAGCCUGGUCUCAUCUUUAUUUCUGGUGCUUUUUGAUAAGAACAAGCUUUGUCUCUGGAUCGCAACUUCCGUAUAUGGAGCCUCGAUGGCAACCACAUUUCCUAGUGGAGUUUCUUGGAUUGAGCAGUACACCAGCAUAAGUGGGAAAUCUGCAGCAUUUUUUGUAAUUGGUGCCUCUCUAGGAGACAUGGCUAUUCCUGCAGUAAUUGGAAUUCUUCAAGGAAAAUAUCCCGAUUUGCCUGUAGUUCUGUACACCUGUUUGGGGUCCGCAGUAUUCACUGCUGUCUUAUUUCCUGUGAUGUAUAAAUUAGCCACUUUGCCUCUGGAACACCAGCAAAAAAGAAAGAGAAAGACAGAGGACCAGAAAGUGUUGUCUACUAGUUCUAGGCUAUGAGGGGGGAGAUUAAAGGGGGAGAUGCAGCAAGAAUGGAAUGAGAAAGAUUUUGAAGUGUUUGAAAUGAGUGAUCCAGUGAGGCAGUCAGUAGUAGAAACAUCUAGAAAUAUUUUGAUGGAACCACAAAUGAAGUCUCCAAACAAUUCCCAACUACCAGUUCUCUGCAGUUAAUAAAGGCAUUCCCCUGAGACACAACUGGACAAAAGGGACAGGCAGAGAAGAUGGAUUAUUUCACUACUUCACUAAAUAAAGAAUUCAAUCAAUCAGAUAUUGCAGAUUUUUUGAUAUCUCUUGGCAGUCAAACUUUCUAGGUUUACUUAUAUCAAAUGCUAAAAAGGUUUUGAAAUGUUCUAUAAUUUCCAGUCUUCCAUAAACUAUCAAGUGGUUUCAUAUGUAAGAUCUUGCUAGGAGACUCAUCUUUGGCAAAUGGGUAAUUACAUAAUAUUUAAUAGUCUCCAUCCUUCAGAGCAUGUAAAGAAGGCAUUUGAGGUUGAGAAAUUGGGGAGUGUGGCACAGGUCAGUACCACAGAGGAGUGGAAUGGAUUUGUAGAGCACAAGAUUCAGGCAUCCGUAUUGUCAAGGGUGUUGAGAAGAAUCAUUUCAUAAAAGAGCUAACUAGUAUUAUUUAGAAUUUUUUUUUUUUUUUUGGUUUUUUUGAGACAGGGUCU